AUGAGUAAACAACUAAAUUUGACAUAUUUUGUUUCAUCGAAUAAAAGAAUCAGACCAAGUUCACCUGAUGUUACACAAGAAGAACAUGCAGAACCUUCACUAUCAUCUAUUACGAUUCUCUAUGAAUCAUGUAUUGUAUCACCUUCUGAAACCGGUAGUACUUCUGUGGCCAAAAAGCUUAAACUAAUUGAUCAUGGAAAUUUAGUUAGUACAGAAAUUCAAGCGUAUAACAAGAACGAUAUCGUUUUAUUUGUUAACAAGGAUAAUUUAUCAACUGCUGAAAUGCAUGUCUUGCUGACAGAACCAUGGACACCACCAAGUAAAUAUCAAUUUCUACAAGUUAAUGUACAUCAAGAGAUGCGAUCAGUUUGUCGACAUUCUUGAUAUAUAAAAGUAGAUUUUAUUGGAUUUACACCAGUUGUAGAUAAUUCAGCAAAAGGUGUAUCAGAACAUAUUAUUAAUUAUUUACGAUCAACUGGUCUUGAUUUAGCUUAUUUACGAGAUAGAGUUUUAACUUAUUGUUUUAUUUAUCAUAAUUACGUAUACUUAACAAAUCUAGGUCAAGGUUAUGAAUAUUGUAGUGUUAUGUUCGGACAUAUUGAUGGUGUCCAAAAACUUAUUUCCAACAUUGAACCAAAAGCCGUUUCUGUACACUGUGCCAGUUAUUCAUUAGACCUUGCAAUUUGUGAUGCAUGUGAUGGCCGGAAUAUCCAAAUAUUUUUCGGUACCGUUAAAACAAUUGUAAAAUCUAUUAGGGCAUCACCUAAAAGGCAAAACCUAUUGACGAAUGCAAUAACAGCUAUACAUUAUGAUACAAAAGGACAAAAAUUAUCAAAAUUAGUUGAACAUCUGGUAGCACUUGAAUAUAUGAUUGAAAAUGGGGAUUCACAAACAAGUGCUAGUUCUCGGGCUUAUUUAAAAUCUAUAACAGAUUUAGAUUUUAUUAUUUGUUUAUUUGUUGUUUCACGUGUAUUUGCAAUUUUAAAACCAUACACAGAAAUGCUUCAAAGUAAAAAUUGUAAAUUAACUCAAUGUUAUGAUAAUAUUCAAAAUGUAGCUACACAUCUUGCUGAAUUGAAGUAUAAUGAAAAGAAAUUUGAUGAACUUGUUAAUGAAUUAGACGUUUUCUUACAUGACAAUGAUAUUACGUGCACAAUCUCACGAACAAAUAAGUUUAAAAAUGUUGCUGAUUAUCUAAGACAUACUUAG